CCUGCAUGUGGUAUUAUUACUGUGAGAAGAUGCAGUACUCGGCCUGCUCGGUAGUACUGGUCGCAGUACUGGGAGUACUCGAUAUUAGGCUUUUACAGUAACUGGAUCAAUAAACAGCAGCUCAGCGGUGACCAGUAGAUGCUACUGGUGGGAAAGUAACACUGAGGUCAGUCACGAUGAUGUCGGAGACUUUGGAGCAGAGUGACGACGUCCUGCCCCUCCACGAGGUGGAGCCCCACAAGGAGGACGACGGACACUGCCCCCUGCCUUUCAGGCUGCAGCUGAUCGACGACCUGUCCUACGAAGACGUGAAGAAGUGUUACAGAGGAUCAACCGUCAGCAAGUACAACUCUCAGUACCACAAACUCUUCCAGACCGUCCCCACAGAGGAGAUCCUGAUGAAAGUGUAUUCGUGUGCGUUGUUGAGAGACAUCCUGCUGCAGGGUCGACUCUACAUCUCCAGGAACUGGCUGUGUUUCUACGCAAACCUGUUUGGUAAAGACAUCAAGGUCUGUAUACCAGUGGUGUCAGUUCGGCUGGUGAAGAAACACAAGACGGCCGGCCUGGUGCCAAACGGGCUGGCCAUCACAAUGGACACCGGACAGAAGUACGUGUUUGUGUCCCUGCUGUCCAGAGACAGUGUCUACGACGUCCUCAGGAGGAUCUGCACUCACCUGCAGGUGAACGGGAAGAGUCUGAGUCUGAAGCAGUACCUGGAGGAGCCCAGCUCUCUGUCUAUGGACGAGUUUCCAGAGGUGUUGAAGUGGAGGAGGAAGCCCUCGCUCCCCGCCGUCUCCUCGUCCCUCCCAGACUUGCUGGGAAACUCCACCCCCGGCCUCACCGCCGACACGACCUUCAGCACGCACACGCUCACCGACAGCAGUUUGGAAACAGAGAAGAUCCUGCUGACAGAACCAGUACCUGAACUGAGUCACAUGGAGUACCAGCUGCUGAAACUCUUCAUCCUGCUCGUCUUCCUGUUGGUCCUGUCUUCCUGCUAUCUGGCCUUCAGAGUUUGUCGUCUGGAGCAGCAGCUGAGCUUCCUGAGCAGCCAGCCGACACUCAGAGAGAGGUGUGGGGAGGUGCCCUGCUGGCUGGCCAAUCAGAGGACAAGAACCUGACGCUGAAGCAAAUCAGGGAGUGAAGUGAGGACAUAUGCAGUCACAUAGACUUCCCUUUAGCGGGGCGGCGGGGAGAGGAGACAGACGGACGACUGCGGCAGCUGAUCCCGCCCGCGACCUGGUUACAAUAGAGACUUCCCAGUAGUCAACAGAAGCAGUAGACUGACCUCUGACCUCUGAGGACAAAGUGUUUGAGUGUAAGAGGUCCGGAGGCUGGAGAGACGACAACAUGCUGUAACAUAACUGAGAUGUAGGUGGUGUGUGUGCUUCCAUGUAAAACACACACUGGCCGUUAGGUGUGUGUGAGUAGUUCAGGUUAACGUGUUUUUUUAUGCAGACACUGCUGGAUGUGAUGAGCUGGGAGGAGCUGCUGCUUCCUGAGUGAACACGGAAACUCAGGACUCUCCAGGAUAAAGUGAAGUCGACGUUCUGCCCACCAGCUAGAUUAUUAUUAUUAUUAUUAUUAUUUUUUCAGAGAUAGCAGCGUUGUUUUCUGUCAGUUUGGCGGUUAAGUCUAACCAACUACAAUACCCAUGAGCCUCAGCUGCUGUUGCUUUGGAGAAGAAGCCCCGCCCCUUCCGGUGGACCACCAUGGGACCUUAUUUUGAAAAAAAUACGUUCAGUAGUCAACGGCGUCCCGUUUGAAUUGUGUCCUGAAUUCCUGAACAUGAUGUUUGUCGGUUUAAAAGAUCGUUUAAGUCAAGAAAGUCGCAGUUUGUUUAAGUAUAAGUCUGUGAAAAUACGUAAUUACAAAGAGCACAAACCCAAAAGCGAUCUGUUUCGUUACACGUCGUGGACAUGGUGAAUAUUUUACAAGCACGGGCCUGAUAAAGCUGAACACACCAGUGCGGCUGUCAUUUUACAAGCCUGCGUGCAGCGUACCUGCGGCUGAAAAUGGAAUCGCAGUUGGAAAUUGCAAGUUCGGUGUCUUUUUGGCGACUUUACAGAACGAUCUGCUGAUGGAGAGAGAGAGCAGAGCAAGACACAUACAGGGAGAGAGAGAGAGAGAGAGACAGAAAGAGGCGGGGCCACAGCAGGUGUGUUUGCAGCAGAGGUGAAGGCAAAUGGAGUUAAGCUAGGGAGUAAACACUUAAAUACAGGUGGAGAAUAAAGCAGAAUUAAAAUGAUUAAAUAAGAAAUAACCCGAAGCUACUACAAAUAGAAAUAAACGCCGAUAACCCCAAGUAAAUGUUACUAAACGGUUUUACAUCAAACUGUGACUUUCUUAACUUUAACUUUACAUUUCAAACGGGAUCUAAACAUUAGUCGUCUCUCGCCGUUGACUUCCGUACGUAUUUUUAACGAAAUAAGUUCCAGUGGGGCGGAAGCGAGGGAGCUCAGGCUGUCAACCAGAGCAGUCGCAAAUUUAAAACACUAUUGGCUUUGAAACGGAAGGCAGCUGUCUCGAUACCGUAACAGACAGCUGCCUCAGAAGGCAUCAUUUGCAAGUGAAGGCAGCUCUGUUUACAUUAGUUUCCAACAGCCUUCUAGGGCAGCACAUACGGCAACGUGUGACGUCAGUACGCCGACUUAGCAUA